GAAUAUCUGUCAAGUGUGGAAUGAAUAAUGUGUGACACCUGUUAACAGCACCGGCUCUGCAGACUGAAGCAGUCAAGUGGGUACAUACAGGGAAAUCCCACAAGUAAACUGAUCCCAAUCCGUUAAGGGCUUGAUAUACUAAUAGUAACACUUUGCACUUGGCUAGGUAACCAAAUUGCAAGCACUGCAGGUCUCUGAACAGAGGUGUCAUCACUGCUGUCAGCAACUGUGCUGCGGUAUUCUGCACUAGCUACCGCAGGGCUUGGCAAAAAAUUUUAGUCGCAGGCCGGCCCACUGUCCCUCAGACCUUGUGGCAGGCUGGAGAAGUGGCACCGGGGGGCGGGGAGCUGGAAGAAAAGGCGAGAGGGGCAAGUAGUCCUCCUCCCCACCCCCCAGAUCCAGCCCCAACCCCUGCGUUUACCCUCCCUGGGGCUGCCGCCCCCGCCGCUUCUUGUGGGUAGGCAGAGCGAGCUCGGCCCACAGGAGCACCAGGGGAGCAGUGGUGAUGGCGGAGGGAAGAUGAGCAGAGCAAAAGGGCUGGCUCCGGAGAGGGGCUGCUUAAAAUGGCGCUCAGCCAGCUCCCUUCCUCCUCUAGGCAGGGUGGGAAGAAGCCAGGAGGAAGGAGGGAGGAGGCACCGCCACGGUGGUGUGUGGAGGGGGGGGGAAUGGAAUGGCGCAGGAAGAAAAAAAAUGGUGCAGCCCAAACUAGAAGAAUCCCCAUGCUGAUCCACAGACAGUCCGUGGGCCGGAUCCUGAAGGCAAUUGGGCCUGAUCCAGCCCGCAGCUCUUAGUUUGUCGACCCCUGAGCUACCGUUUUGUUUUGUUUUUCAGGUCAGGCCCAAGGGAAGCUCCAGAUACAGUGCUUUGCAGUAAUCCAUUCUUGAAGUCACUGCCUGUGACUUCUGAUUUCCCAACCCUCAAGGCAAAAGGGAAAAAAGGAAGAGAGUUUAUCUGCUCAGCUACUUCCUCAUUCUUGGCUGCAAGGAUCUGGUCUUUCUUGAAUCAUAUGAUACAGCCUCACAAGCUGCAGAUAGGCUGGGAAGUUUCCACACCUCCCCCCCAUCUUCUCUUGAGUGCCUAUAGAGACAAGCUUGUCAUUCUUUUCUGAUGUCUCCAAGUUUUGAUUAACAAGAAACCUGUGUCUUAAAGCUGAAAGGGGGGGGGGAGGAAUCUCUUUAGUGUUUUUCAAACUUUUUAGACUCCCCAACUCUAAACUUACCUUCUAUGCUUGCUGAUGGGGACCGUGAUAGUUUACAAAAGGCAAAACAGUAAAAUCAAGGGGGGGAACUGCAACUCUACUUUAUAACAUACAAAAGUUAAAAUACUAAAGCAGAUUAAAAUUACUUCAACUUUCUAAGCAUAACUGCUUAAUUUAAAAAUAAAAAUGGAUAAAAAAUAAAAAGGCAGCAUAAAAACACUGUAGAAAAGUGGAAAGACAGUAUUAGGAGCUUGCAAUUAGGAAAAGGAGCCUGUCUUAUUUUGAGUCAGACCAUUGGUUUAUCAAGCUCAGUAUUGUCUACACUGACUGGCAGAGGCUCCCCAGAGCUCAUACCUGGGGAUGCUGAGAACUGAACCUGGGACCAUCUGCAUGCAAGGCUCAUGCUAUACCACUGAGCCAUGCCACAAUGAGGUCACGACCAGUUUUAAAGUCCCCCCGCACUCACUUUGGCCAUGGGUCUACAUGGUCCUUGGGCUGAAAACCAUUUGCGACUCCUGUUCAAGGUCAUUAACUACCACAUGUGUGGGGAACCUUUGCCCCUCCAGAUGUUGCUGAACUCCAACUCCCAUCAGCCCCAGCAAGCAUGGCCAGGGAUUAUGGGAGUUGUAGUUCACCUACAUCUGGAGGGCCAAAGGUUCCCCACAACUAACUCACUAAAGUGUGCAGUCACAGUCUUAACCAUUUUGAUAACCACAUCAGGGAGUGAGUAAAUGAGGCCUACGCAUUUUUAUAUACUAACUAGUAGGAUAUACACCACUUGGGCAUUUUGAGGAAUGUGGAGCAGAGAGGUGUCUCCAUAUCAAGAGUACAGGAGUUCCUUAAAGCCACUCUGUAAACCCAACCUCAGUUGCUUGGAGGACUGACUUCAUUUCUUAAAGUCAUAUUCUGGCACUGAAAUUCAUUACGCAAAUUCCACACAGGAAAGAAUUCCAAGGAAAUGUCAUUAUGAUUCCUGUUGGCAAGGUUCAUUAUGGCUGUGAUUUCAAACUGGGGGGGGAAAGUACAUCAAAGGGAACCUGCAGGAAGAAUACCAUGUUAUGCUAGAGCUGAGCCAGACUGGCAGCUGUCCACAACAACCCACUUCCUCUGAAUUCUGGACUGGCUUUGUCACUUUUUUGCUUAAUAUAUCUGAUUCCAAACCCUACAUCAGAGGUGGAGGACCUCAGGCUUGGGCCCAAAAUGCGGCCCUCUCUUGCAGCCCUCAAACUCACUCCCCCUCAUUGGUCCUACUACACACCCCAUGCUUUUGCCUAGCUAAAAUAUGCCAUUGAACUCUGCUAAUGUCUCUUGCUUGUCUGGAUGAAGGAUAGAGGGGUGUACGGUGGUACCUUGGGUUACAUAUGCUUCAGGUUACAGACUCUGCUAACCCAGAAUUGUACCUCGGGUUAAGAACUUUGCUUCAGGAUGAGAACAGAAAUCGUGCAGCGACGGCGCAGCAGCAGGAGGAAGCCCUUUUAGCUAAAGUGGUGCUUCAGGUUAAGAACAGUUUCAGGUUAACAACGGACCUCCGGAACGAAUUAAGUUCUUAACCCGAGGUACCACUGUAUGUGGCUGCGCAUAGUAGAAACUAGUCUCGUAUACAAAGUUAAAUUUUGCAUUCAUUGCUCGAUCCACUUUUGCUCAGAAUGUUGUCCAGAAUCAAAUUUAUCCUGUACUCCCAAAAACAGGGCUUACCUCCUCUUCAUUAAGAGGACUGUGUCAAUUUCAUUGGUACCUACAGGCCUGGAUUGCGAUUAAAAAAAAAAAAAAAUCAACAUCCCUGCUGAAAAGUAGCAGGGGGUGUUCUGAAAUCUCAUGUGUUUGCAGUAAAUCCUCUCUUUCUGCCGAACUGCUUGCGUCUCCUGCUGUCGGAUAGCAAUUGAUAACCUUUAAAUGCCCUCUGAUCGCUUUCUGCUACAAAAGCAGCCCGGCUAGAGGCAGAAAUCACAUACAAACGCUCUCAAGAUCUUCGCGCAGGCAGAAUGCUGGUUUCUCCUCCAUAAAUCCGCAAGCUGUAGUCAACUGGGCUGUAAGAGGGAUGUUAAGAUUUUUCUUUCUUUUCUUUUUUUGUAUUACAGGCCUGUGUCAGCAGCUGUCAUUUAACUCGGAACCAAUGCAAUAAUCUGCACUACACAGUCCAGCUGCUUUUCUAAUGGUGCUCUUGGCAACCAAUCCCUAAAUGGGGGCAAGUUCUGCGGACUGACCUCACAGUUCACAAAAUCCAGAACUGCAAGUAGCUCCCUCUGCCUUCAUGUCCCCAUCCCUGCUCAUUGCCAUUUCCUUCCUGUUUUGCACCUGGCAGAGGACACAGAUAUCCACUCGCUGGCCUGAGCUGCAGCUACGUAGAUUCAAACCGCUAUUAAUCCUUCACCACCACGAGCAGCAGACAGCUUUCAACAUUUAUUGAGAGCUAUUAAGAUACUGUAAGCUGAGGAUCAUUCAGAUGGGCGCUUGAGAGAUGCACAAUGGUGGGGGUGUCAGGUUAAAAAAAAUAAUUUACAGUGUAAGAUUAUAAAUCCAAAGCAAGGCACUGUUAAACAACAUGCAAACUAUAAUGCAUGUGGGGGAGGAAGGGCUAUAGUUUUGCAUACAGAAAAUCCCUGGCAUAUCCAGAAUGGGGUGGGGGAGACUCUCGUCUGAAAUUCUGGAGAGCCACUGCCAAUCAACGUAGACAAUACUAUGCUGGAUCAACCAGCUUUCCCUAAUACAUAAAUACAUCAAAGGGUUGGGGGUAUAUAUAAAGGAUUAGCAUGUCUACUCAGAAGGAAAUCCAGUUGAAUUCAAUGGGAUUUAUUCCCAGGUAAAUGCAUGUAAAGCUGCAACAUUAGGAUUACAGUGCAAUGUGCUCUUAUUGGGAGUGAACCCUGUGCAAUACAGUGUGAUACUCUGGAGUAAACAUGCCUAGGAAUGUGCUGUUUUGACUAACACAGUGUGUAAGAAUAAACUCCAACAUGCUGGUUCUGAUUACUUCUUCACUCCCACAAAGAACCAAAGUAGAACGGAAGAAUUCUGCCAUCUCCAGUGCACUGAGCCUGGUGAUACUCAAAUCCUAUUUACAGGAGCUGUAGUUGUGGCUGAGUUCUGAUGCUAUUUUAUUUUGUUUUGAUUUACUGAUAUAUUGUAUUAUAUAUUUUAUUUGCAUUAAUAUAUAUUGUUGUUCACAGCUUUGGGAGCCUUAAGCUAAAAAGCAGUAUAUAAAUAAACCAUACCACACUCCUUCCCUGCCAAGAAUCCUAGGAACUGUAGCUUAUUGAGGGUGGUGGGAAUUGUUGUUCUGUGAGAGGUGAAGCACAGCUAGCAAAGGCAUUUAGGGUAGUGCUACCAUUUCCACCGCACUGGGCGCUGAGCUUAGGGGGUUCUGCAGGACGUUGUAACUAUGACAUAGUAAAUUGAGCAGAACCAAAGGCAAGAGGCGGGGGGGAGGCAUUGCAUUUUGGCCUCGCGCAGGGAGCUACUGAAAACUGAAAGACCAAAGUCUGCUCUUGCAGCUAGGACUGGUCUGGAAGAACAGCAGCUAAACGAAGUUCUUAUAGUGAACUAAUGUCUAGCUUUUUUCAGAAUGAUCACCUGGGAAUGGUUUCCUAUUUUAGAACAAUUUGUAUUGAUAGAAUUUUUCCACUUUUGUGUAGAAGUAUUUUAAGUACUUGGAUCGCAUAAAGAGUGAACAGUUGAACAAAUGUAAAUGGAAACUUAAUAAAACUAUUUGUUGGGAGGAAUUUCCACUUUGCUCGACUGUUUUAUUGACUUUGAGUUUUACAGUAUAUUGUUAUAUUUUGGUUUUAAAUUGUAAUGUUAAGUGUUCCUCAAGAUUUAAAGAAGGGCAGUAUGCAAAAAUUCUUAACUAAAUUAUAGUUACAUCUCACAUGACCCCCUUAAGAGCCAGAUCAAGAUAUUUUGCUGCCUGAGGCAAAAAGCCAAGAUGGUGUCCACCUCUCCACGCCACAUAUAGAAGCCAUUGGGAUUGGCAGUUGAAACUUAUUUGAGCACUGGCAAAGGGACAGGAAGCUUGCUGAGGGGACACGGAGCAGGCCACAAAGAGCUCUAUUUUUCAGUGCCUGACCCCCAACAGUGGCUAGUUCCCACUGGAACUGGCCAGCUAAGGCCACAUCUAUACUGUGCAUUUAAGAAACAUUGAUACUGCUUUAAAAGUCAUGGUUUCCUGCAAAGAAUCUUGGGAACCAUAGUUUGUUAAGAGUGCUGAGAAUUGUUAGGCGAUUCCUACUCCCCUCACAAAGCUAUAAUCCUCAGUGUCUUUUAACAACCAAUCCUUCUUCAAAGAGAACUCUGAAAUUUGUGGUUCUGUGAGAGUAACAGGGGUCUCCUAAUAACUCUCAGCGCCCUUAAUAAAAUGCAGCUCCUAGAAUUCUUUGAGGGAAGGAGUAUCAUAGCAGAGGAGGCUAGCCUGGAAUGCUGGAACUUCAGCAGCUGUCCGAGGAGGCUGGCCUCCAGUGCCAGCUGUGGACUGAAAUAUUCUGCUCCAGUGCAAAGGACGAUCCCUGGCUCUAUUGGCAGGAUUGUCCUGCCUCUGCAAAAUGGCUCAAUGCCAGCAUACGAUCAAGCAAUACGAUAAUAAUAAAGUACCACAGCCCCCAGUUUGCAGGCUGCUUCCAUCUUGCAGCCAGAAGGACUCUGUGCACCAGGGUACAAGGCCUCCCCAUGUGAGCAAACAGAAGUCGCAGCAUGAACUGGGGGUCAUUGCGAAAGAUAUUUAGCAACAAUGUCCAUUAGCAUUCACUUUGCAACCAUGCUGUUUUUGCACUCCCCACUUCUGCAACUGAUAGAAAGUGCCAGGAGGGGCUUUCCUUGUAAGGAAAGAACACUGCAGAGGAGGGAUGUUGGGCUUUUUGCUUUAAAAAGCAAAACCCUGUUUAUAAAUACAUUGAAGUGCCUAAGCAAUAUGAAGCGGUACAGCCCAGCCACAGGUUUAGCACCUUAGUGAGAACUAGAAUCUUGUUUAGGGUUAUUGUGCUCUCUGCCUGCUUGUAUCUUGCCAAGGAGGGAGCAUAACUGACCCUCUGCCAGUGUAGUGGGGCUUCUGCUAGAAGUUUGCUAUUAAUAUAUAGGAAAUACAACUACACACACACAAAUACAUGUGUGUGUUUUCUUGUCACACAACAUUCACUCCAAAAACCUGUUUUCAGUUCCUAGAGUGACUGAUGUAUCUAGAACAGGGAUGAGGAACCUGUGACCAUCCAGAUGCUGUUGAAUUCCAGGUCCCAUCAGCCGCUGAGAAAAAUGGCCAAUAGUCAGGGAUGUUGGGAGUUGUAGUCCAGCAAGAUCUGGAGGGCCACAAAAUCUCCACCCUUGAUGCAGACAGACUGAUUCAUUAAUCUCAGCUCUGAAAAUAUGGAUGCUUUUGUACUGAUUGAAUUAAAAAAAACACACCCUUCAUCCUGUGGGCUUAGAGCAAGUUUUUAGAUAAUAUAACAUUGUCAAUAACUAUUGCAAUCUAUAUGGGACUCAUACUUGAAGGAGUAAUUUAGCGUGCACUUUCAGAAUAAUGACAUCCUGCAGCUCCCUAGAAAAACAGUACAUAAAGCAUAUGAGGUACUUCAGUCUACACUAGCAACAGGUACACAUUGUAAGGGGAAAGGUGCAGCACUAUUUAACCAGGUACAGCUGGGACACGAAAGAGGCUCACCUGCUGCAGAUAUCAACAAGGUGAAACUAGAACGCACAUAUAAAUAAGUACUGUUAGAGGUUAUGCGGACACGGCUGUGCAUUAUGGACUUCACACAUUAUAAGGUGUCCUACACAGAAGUCAAGCACGUCACAAGAACUUAACACGCAAACCCUUUGUAAAUCAUUCCUGAGUUUCGCUCAGUGUUAUUAUUUAUAUUAAACAUUUAUUUUCCACCUUUCAGAACCACGUCCUCAGAAAAUGGAUUCCGGCAACAGAAAAAAAGACUAUCAAAACAGAAUAUACAAAUUAAAACUUAACACCAGAACAGCAUGAGAGAUCAAACCAGGGAGGCUUAAAUAUUUUUUUAAAAAUCUAGAGAGGCCAAAACUUUAAUAACAACAACAACAACAACAACAAUAACCACCACCAAGAAAGGCUAAGCAGAAGAGGCAGAACCUUAGAUCAUGUCAAAAAGCAUCCACAGAUGGAACUUGACAAAUAUCUCCAGUGAGGAUGAUCAUAGGUGAAGAAUCCAGUGCUUUUUUUCUAGAAAAAGAGGUGCAGGAACUCCCCCCCUUUUUUUACAGACACCCCUAAGUUGUUGAGCUGCUGUUAUGCUACAAAGAGGUGCUGGAACUCAGUUCCACUGAGUUCCAGCUGAAAAAAAGCCCUGGAAGAGCCACCACUGAAAAGGCUCUGUCUCUGCACAGGUCAUUCGCAGGGUGACCAAGGCAGUUUCAGCCUCAUAACCAGGUCAGAAACUGGACAGAAAUGGAACCAAGUAAAGAAGUAUCAUCCAUGACUAUCUGGAGUUGAGAUGCCACCACCUUUUCCAGUGUCACUAAGUUUGAUGAAUCCAGUUCCCUAGUAAGCAUGUUUACGACUGCAGCGUAAAGUGGUCCAUUAGGGUUUCCAACUCAUCACCAAAAAAGACAAUGCAGCACCAAAAAAAGGGGCACAUUUACUUAAUAUUUGCAUAUUAUAAUUUAUAUGUACAGAAGCAGAUUUUGAAAUCACUGAAACUUAAAUAGGUAUACUUCUCACUAACCAUUCUGAAGAAGACAGUGACUAAGUGAUCUGUGUGCCCGCAGUGUCUGCCACCCACCCAGAUGCUCACAGCUGAAGGACAACUUUAAGGCUCCCUCUAUCCCUUCCUAUGGCCAUUUUAUCUUUAUACCAGACAUGGACCGGACAGCCCUCUAAAUAGAGGAUUGUCCUCUGUAAAGCAAGACACAGAUACCUUAAGUGCAAUCCAAUGCAUGUCUAUUCAAAGGUAAGUCCCACUGAUUUUAUGAGGACUUUCUCCUCCAUAAAGAAUUGCAGCAUUACAGAACAUAUUCUUUACAGAGUAAUACUUGCAGAGUAUUGGAAGAGUGGAGGAUGGGGGGGGGAAAAUGUUUGCGGUGUAUUAUACCACAAUAUUUUAUUUGAAAUUAUUGCUUAUUUUGAAGAGCUUCUCUGUUCAUUUUAUGUAUCUGAUGAAGCAGAUGGAAAGGCUGUAGCUUAGUGGUACAGCAUUUGCUUUGCCUGCAGAAGAUCCCACGUUAAAAACCAGAAUAUUCCAUAUAAAAUGGGCAAACCCCUCUGCUCUGUCUGAAACCCUGGAGAGCUGUUGGCAGUGAAUACUGAGAUACAUGGACCAAUAGCCUGAUUGGAACAAGGCAGCUAAGGCCCUAUCAUCUCAGGCCCAGGGGCCAAAUGUGGCCCUUAAGUCUUCCCUCUCUGGCCCCCUGAACUCUCCCCAGGCCACCCCCCUCACCAGCCUUGAUUUAUACAUUGAAUGGGUUUUGCCUGGCUGGAAUGAGUCCUUGAAUUCUUAUGCAUCCCGAGGACAGAGAGGUGCAGAAAGUUCUGUAAAAAGGCAAAAUUUGCACCCAUUGUAAGACGGUGGUUUCAUUUCUGGUGAGGAAAACCCACAACCAGGUUAUUAUUAUUUGAGGAUCGAGGACGCUACCUCUAUCAGGCAGGUAGGCCCAUCAACAGCCUGGCGAGAAAAGGGGGCUGGGCUUGUCACGCUGCCCCCGCCCUUUAUGUUAAUCAGCGCUGAAUCACGCUCACCUGACGGGAGGGGAAACAAAUAAACCCCGCCCCUCCACGGACAGAGAGAGCCGAGAAAUCCUGAGGGGGCUGAACCACCCGAGCCAUUUGCUUCGACGGGGGGGGGGUCGGCGGAAAGAGACACCCCAAGACCCUGUCUGACAUUCCUCUUUCACGAACCCUAAAAAGCAAAAUGAAAACCGUCCUCAUGAUCACAGAUCAGCGAAAUGACCGCGGAGGAGGAGCAGGAGGUGGUUCCCUAUUAAGAGCCCUCCCUUUUUCCCCCUCCCUCUCUCCCUUGGCACAUUCCAAGAGAAGGGAGGAGGAGGAGGUGCCCGUCUCGGGCCCACGUGACCCCCGGGCAGCCGCCAUUUUGUCCUGCGGUGGCUGGGUAUUUAGAGCGAACCGCGAGCGCAGUGGCGGAGCAGCAGCUGCAGGACGAGGAGGAGCGACGGAGCCGGAGAGCGCCGCUGCCAACGCUAACCAACGAGGCCCGCCGUCUUUGCAGCAGCCUCCGCCGCCUGUCAGGACGUUUGAAUACCGCUUGGCGGUAGAGGACUAAGCAGCGGCGCUAGAGGACUUAAGGAGCCCCGUCACCCGCCGCCGCCGCCUCUUGCAGCUCACAGCCGCCAGCCCUUCGCCCGGCUCAGCUUGGCGCCGACGUAGCCGUCCUCCUCCACCCCCCUUUCGCUGCUUAUUCUUAUUUUUUAAAACUCUCCCUCCCCCCGCCGGCUCGGUGCAUCUCAGCAGCCAUGUCGUCCGCAGCCACCACCGCUCCUCCCGAAUAUUCCUGCUUCUUCGCCGUCAUGGGUGCCUCGGCUGCCAUGAUCUUCAGCGGUGAGGCUGUGGGGUAUUUCCGACGAGGACACACGGGUGGGGCUUGGCGGUGGGGGUUUGGUUGAGGAAGGACGUCAUGUGAGGAGGCUGCUGCUGCUGUUGUAUGGCCUUGCGUAACUGGGCUGGGUGUCAUCCUGAUCGCGGCGGGGGGGAAGGCGCUCGGCUCAGCCAGGGUGGCUCUGCAGCAGUUGGGUGACUUGGUUCCAACCCACCCACUCGCCUCUUUUGCACAUCCUGGGAGGAGAUCCUGCCGCAAGCGGGGAGGGGGACAAGUGGGAUCGUUAUACAGUAUUGGGGGGGGGGGGUUAGCUUUGCCUUGGCCAAACCCUGAGGCUUUUUCGUGUCUCCAUGAGGACAUCUCCUGGCUGCCUGUUUUAUAUGUGUGUGUGUGUGUGUCUCAUUUCUUCCCCAUCCCCCUCCUAUGCCUUAGGGGGAAUGGGGGCUUCCAUCCCAUUUCUCCCAGCACCUUCCUGCUCCUCUUGUGCAAUUCUCCACGAAACCGUCUUCCUUGUCCUGCCUUUGGACUUGGGAGAGGCAAGAAAGGCGUGGGCACGGGGAGGCGGCAAGUCUGGCGUUACCUCUUUCCUUCUGCCAAGGUGUUUCCCCUCUUCCCUGCCCUACUUGGAGAGGGAAUGAUCUAGCGUCUCCCCUCCCCCUGCUUUCCAAGGUUGGCACCCCCCCUGCAGAAAGCUUGUGGGGUGGUUGGGGAAAGGAAGGAAUUCUUGGGAGGGGGCAAUGAGGGAUGUGGUUCCUUGACUCCUUUCUCUGCUUGGGUAUGGAGAGUGCCUGCAGGCAUGCUGCUGAUUAUUGGAUUUUUCUUUCUUUUUUAAAAAGCUUUCGUUUAAAAUUAACUGGGCUUCCCUUUGCUUACAACCUGGGAGGGGCAACAUGUAUUUAGUUUAGAUAUUUAAUCUGCCAGCUCUAUAUUGUAUCCUGGUCUUCAAUGCAAGAGACGGCAGGUGUCCUUCCUUGCUCCAGCCUGCCCCAGUUCCAGGGCUUGGCUUAAGCGGCCUGCCUCUCCUUGUCUUGCCAUUCUGUGGCCGCAGGAAUGUCCCUGCCCAAGUGAUAGGGGAGAGAGGGCAAUGCGGGGGCGAAAUCCCAGCCCAGCUGGACGUGCUCUGCCUGUCACUUCCGUUGCUUCAGUGUCUACCUUUUUCUUCUUAAUUCUCUCCCUUUUUGAAGGUUUUCAGUUCUGCCUUCUGUCGCCCUACUCCUACCAGCUGGCUCAUCCGGGGUAUUUGCAGGAGGGGGGAGCAGAGGCAAAGAGAAAGAGAAAAAGGAGACUACUGCUGUUUCGGAAAGCAGAGAUGCAAAGGGGCAAUGAGGGUGACGUCAUAGGGGAAGAGUGUCAGCUGCUAGAGGAGCCCCUGGCUGGCCAUGUGACUGCAGGGAGGGAGGGGGUUGCAGCCUCUGCUUCUUCACUACAUGCCAUCCGGAGUGCUAAAUUAACCUAAACUUAGGUGAUUCCAUGCGGUCAGUUCAUCCAGGCCAGUGAGGCUGGAACAUCUUCCAUCUUGUACCAAGCAAAGCAAGCACUCCCACAAGGCAGUCAGAUGGAUGUGCAGCGCUUGGAUUAACUUGCUGUCUGCCGGUUGCAAAAUCUGGCUUAUCCUUGCUGAGAUGUAGUAUGCAGCUUGCCCUCCAAAGUCCUAUUGGGGUUGCUCUGGAACUGAAUUGUUGUGUUAGAAAAAGACCUGGGUGAAGCUAUCUCUACACAAGACUUUCCUGGAGGUGUCAUUUUUGAAUCUGUAUGUUGGCUUAUCAACUGAAUGCCAGCAUAUUAAACUGACACACCAUUCUGUUUAAGCGGAGAGGACUUGUGAAAUGCAAAUAACACUCUGCAAGGGCUACCUAAAUUUUGAGCAUGGUCAUACUGAAAGAUUCUGUAUGGGAUGGGAAGUGGUGGUUAAAUAAUCAGAGUCCUUAAUAAAUAGCUCUUGAUGAAUAAGAGUGCUAGCCAGCUGUGACGACAAAACUGUUCUAGUCUCUCAGUUGCAGCUCCUUCCCUUUCACUUCUUUCUCUCAAAACUUGUCCAUAGCACUUGUCCAGAAGUCUUUAAUUGCUUGAUUGACCACUAAACAAAACGAGCUAUGUCAGAUUGCCUUUAAUUCCACUUUAUAAAGCACCUACAAAUGUAAUGUAAAUGUUUUUGGAAGAGGAAUUUCAAAGUAUUGUUACUAAUUGAAAAAUGCAGACACACUAAACUUUACGGCUUUCCUUAAAUGUGUAAGGAUAAUCUAGCAAGCACUGCUGCUGUUAUCUGUAGCCAUGUAAAAUAUGCUUCUCGCUAAACUAUUGCUGCUGCUUUUAAACUUAAUGGGGAGGGGGUCUUGACGCCCAUGUACACAUUGCAUCAAACUACCAGCAUGACUCUAACUAGCCAACUAUAAAAUUCCUUGUGCUGUAGCAAUUGGAAGUAAGUUCCAUUAGAGUUGAGCAUAACUUGGAAAUAAUCAUCCAUAUAAGUGAAUCUCCUUCCAUAUAAAGCUCCCCUGAGCUAUUGCACACCUGAAUAGUUCUAGAGCAGGCUUCCUCAAACUCUGCCCUCCAGCUGUUUUGAGACUACAAUUCCCAUCAUCCCUGACCACUGGUCCUGCUAGCUAGGGAUCAUGGGAGUUGUAGGCCAAAAACAUCUGAAGGGCCGAGGUUGAGGAAGCCUGUUCUAAAGUACCCACUGCAUUAUUACUAUUUAAAAAAAUAAAAAUGCAUAGCUCUUCCUCAAAGGAACUCUAGGCUGUUCUUUAUUCUCUCCCAUUUUAACAACCCAGAGAAGUAGUUUACACUGACAUAGUGACUAGCCCAAGGUUGAAGCUUUAUGGUUGAGUGGAGACUUGAACCAGAAUCUUCCCAGUACUAGUUAGUCAUUCUAACCACUACAAUAUUCUGGCUCUCAUUAAGACAAUUGCCUUACCUAGCACACCAGUACUUUCUGACCAAGUUUAGCCACUGAUAUUGUCUUCAGGAAUUAUUUUUCUGAAAUCAAAUGAAAUUAGCAUAUGGGCAAAAGCAAACUUAGCAGUUAAUAAAUUCCCACUGUACACGAGGAUUGCUGAACUUAAUAUGGCUUCCUUAGCAACUUUGUGCAAUAGGUUAAUUUCUACACACUCCCCCCCCCCCGGGGUGACAACUUGAAUAAAAUAUUGGGGAGGGGAGGGAAGCCCAGCCCCGCAUAAUCUAUCACAGUGGCAGUGUCCAUCAACUGGGGGUGGGGUGGGGGGGGCUUCCUCAAAUAUUUUAUGGUGAGGGAUCUUGGCCCCUAGGAAUUGGCUCCUCUGCUUCUCCCUGUCAUUUAUCCAGACAUCCAGUUCGGUGACACAUUCUAGCCAAGCAACAUUUCCCUGCAGAAUAGCUACAUACAACUGCCUCUUAUCUAUUCUGGCAGAGCGUGGGGAACUGGAUGGGUUCUGUUCCAGUGGAAACUGGUUGUGGUGGGGUUUCCAAAUUGUGUUGCCAGGAUCAGUGACUCUGAGAAGGCCAGUAACAACCGAAGUUGUCUUGGGAAGAUGGCUUGUAUACCAUUUUCCUCUCAGCAGUGUGCUGUUCCUGUAUAAAGCUGUCUUCCGAAUGGGCCCAACAGACCAAGCUGCCCCAGAAUCCUUUGAGGUAGAUUCCUCAUCUGACUUGCAGAUGUUCCUAUUGAUAACUAAAUGUAAGAAGCAUUUAUAUAGGGAAGGGGGUUCGCAGAUGGCUAAUCUAGUAGUCUGAAUGCGUGAUAUUUCAAAAAAGUGUCCCAACUGUAGUCUCUUAAAGCAGCAAAUGGAAAACUUGCAUUGCAAGCUCAUAUUGUCAGUAGCACCCCAAGUUGAGUUGGCUAUUGAGUAUUGUUCCCUGCAUUGGACUAGACCUCUCAACAAAGUAGCAGUAAGGUGUGAACAGUUGCUUUGACAGACUUGUUCUAGAUCAGAUCUGGUCGUCAGCUAAACACCUGGACGAUUCUGUCCUGCUGUGAAAAGCACUGUUGAGAAAGCCUCUGCCAGAUAGAUGGGUGUGUUCAUAUGUUGAAAAGUGGUUUGAUAGAACUUGCAGAUUGAAUCAAUUUGUGGAAAGGUAUUCAUGAUUAAAACUGUGUUGGACAACCAUACAUAGUUCUUGGUGGAUGUUCUGUUAAAUACCCAGACACCUUAACUAGCAGUCUAUUAGUGAACUGCAAAUGGCACUGAAUGUUAAUCUUCAGAGAAGCAGGAAGCUAACUUGUCAAAGGCUUCCAUUCCAGAGACUUGGUUAUGCAGUGUCUUAAGAUGAAUGACUUAGUACCUGUUGGUUUGUCAUUGAACACUGCCCUGGCACACCUUAAAUAAGACACUAUGUUUUAGUUCCUCAUGAGCUGUGCAAGACCAGUCUAGUACUAAGUUCAGGCCUUGUUUUGUGCUAGCCAGCUUGAGACAGAAACCAUGUUGUAUAAACACCCAUAUCUUGGUCCUGUACACACUAAUUUCUGAUGAUAGUAAACAGCUUAUAAAACUCAUUCUGGUCAUUGCUGGCUAACCUUGUGAUGGUGCUCCCUUUCUGCUGCAAGUGCCAUCAUGACCUUCAAGCAUACAACCAUAUUUUGUGAUACUUAUUUGGUGACUGAUCUCUAAUCACAAGGCUUGUGGGUUUUGCCUGCUUCAUUGGAUUAUCAGAUGCUUCUUAGUGAUGUGAUUAUCUAAUAUUUCCAUGUAACAUAGUUAGACUCUAUGGCAGAAGGAAAUGGGUGACAAUAAUUUCCAGUGGUUACAAGUACUAUAUACUGAUCCAUGUUAACUUCCUACUUGAUAUAAUCUUCCUUGUAAUGUGCAUCUAUCUUUAGAAAGGUGAAACCUGGAAUUGCCUGGCUGGGGAGCACAUUUCUGCUCCCAAUAUGGCUAGCUGCACAGCUUUUUAAAAAAAAUAUCUCUAAAUUGCUCUUUAGCUGGGUGGAUCGUGGAGAAGGAUAAUGAAAGCAAAACUUAAUAUAUUACAAGAGCUUUCUGGACUGCUUUAAAGAGGCAGAAGCUGUUAAAAUGGCUUCUUCUCUUGUAAUUUCCUGACCAACAAAUUGUUUGACUAAACUUCACAGAGUGCUGUUACCAAAAGCGGAUUGUUAUAAAGCUUAAAAAUAGCAUUACAGUUAGCAUGGACUAGCUUACUAAAGUUGGGUAUUGCCAGAUGUUCGGAUUGGCCAUAGACUGUUAACAUCUCAUACAGUAUUCUAGUACACCAGAAACAAACACAUGAGAUUGCACGCCACAUCUAAAUUAUUUUAUUAUUACUUAUUAGAUUUAUAUACUGCCCUUCAUCACAGGAUCUCAGGGCAGUUCACAGAGUAAACAUACAAGGUAAAAACACAAAUAGUUAAAACGAACAACAAAAUAACACACACACCCCCAAAAAACCAUGCAGCCAAAGGCCUGGUUGAAGAUGACAUAGGAGGGAUCCGCUAGGAACUUCAUAUAAGCAACCAUUAACGCCAUAUGUUAUAAUCUGGCCAUGUCAAGCUGCACUUUAAGAAACUUCUAGAGUUCUGCAGUAGAUGAGCAUGUCAGUAAAAUGUAGUUGCAUUUUUUCCAAAGCUGAGACAGACAAAUGAACAUGGAUUGCUGUGAUCAUUGUCCUAAUGUGACUGUCACUUUGUCAAGUGUUUCAUUCUGCAGUUCUUCAAUUAAACCACCAUCCAAUAUUAUUUGGUCUACAAGUCUCCUUUCCACAGAAAUGAAUAAAAGCUUUGUUUUCAGCCCUGGCUGACAUAGUUGCAUAAUAGCUAGUUCCUAUUGAUGAUGAGGUGGUGUUCUUGUGAUCCCCAAAAUUCUAAGUACUGUAAACUGUAGAAUAUUUGCAGAUCCUGAUUGUAACUUGUAAUAUGGGUGGAAGGUGUGAAGGCAAAUGAAUGUCUGCCUUUGGCCUCUGGAAGCCCUACAGAAUGCUGGUCUUAGCUUUCUCUAGCCUUCCGUGCAACUAAGAGGCCUACUCAUAAGGUUUUAUUUUUAAAAAAAUCAAUGAGGGUUUGUUGGUGUGAAUACCAAGUAAGGUGUGCCGAACCAGUCCAAAACACAUUUGCUUUUCUGAUCUUGACAUUAAACGUCAAGCUUGGAUAAGCUUGGAAGUGAUAGCCUUCCCUGCCUCCCAUUGGGGGUCUUUGUGCCAGAGUUAAGAUGGUGGAGAAUCUUUUUGAAACACAGUGCAUUCUUCUCCCAAACUUUGCAAACAUCUGCCAAUACUAACUUGGAUCUUCAUGAUCCACAGACAAGGAACUGUCUGUUACCACCACUUGAAGUGAGUGUUAAGAGAAGCUAGAGGUGUAUUGACUGUUGUUGACAGCAGAUCUGCAACCACAGAAAGCCAGCCGGUUAAGUACCUGUGAUAUUUCAGCUUCUAGCUUUAAAGCACUGCACAUUCUUGAAUCCCUCUCCCCCACUCUCCAAAAAGAACACCAUAUGCUCUAUUUCAGGCAUAGGUCCAUCAUUCACAGUACUUUAAGCGGCUAAUUUUUACUGUUGCUCACAAUUUGAAUGAAGGUUUGAGUAAAAUAAACCUUUGAGUAAAAUAAAAGGUUUGCCUAAAUAAGAACUGAUAGAGCCAAGAUCUUUUAAAGCUUUUAUCUGAAUUCCCAUGUGCAAGAAAUGAACAGCUGGGGGUUGGAGGCAGGGAGAGAAAAAAGGAAGAGUCCCAAGAUGGGCAAACUCAUUCUUUGAAUGUUUGUGAAUGGCAAGUUGCUGUACGUAACCACUGAGAAGUCAAAGGCCGGAAUUAAACCUUAUUUCUCGGAAUGCUUUACUACUUCUCCUUGGAGCUCGUGGCAUCGCUUUGCGGGUCUACAAUGCAUCCUAGUGUUUGCGUCUUCAAUCCUGCCUCCUUACCAAACCCCAAUGGGUUUGGCACACACACAGGAGAGUCACCCUGAACGCAGCCAGAUCCCCCUGUCCCGAGGAUUUACCUCCUCGGGUUUCGAGGUUCGCAGAGCCCUAGCGUGACCUCUUUAUGCCUCACAAAGUUCAGGAUCUCCCCGGAGAGUUGAUCCUGCACUCCUUCAAAUGGCAAGAGGAAGUUGCAGAGUGCUUUACAUGUUGGGUGGGGCACAAGUCAUGGUGUGCUAGUACUCCACAUUCUGGCAGAAUUAAGAAAAAAUUACCUUAAAUCUGUAAGUAAGUAAAUUUGUGGCCAUGAGGACACAUCUUACUAAGUCAAGUCUCUAGAAACAGGUUCUCAGUCCUAUAGGUAGAAUAGCAGUUGACUAUGGUGGGGCAAGUGGGAGGGGGAAGGAGGUUGACUGCUAUGUUAGCACAUCUUUAUGCUACAAAAUCCUGCUCAGGUUUUUCCAACAGCAAUUAAGUGUACAUAGCAGGCAAAUAAAACUUCAACUUUAUAAUGCUAGGAAAUGCCAGCUGCAAAACCCACAACAGAAGCUUUUAAGUUGAUGGAUGAGCAUAUAUGUUUUAUGAAGUGUAUGAUAUGCCUACUUCCUUUUUGUGUUGCUAUGUCUUCAUUUGUAUGGAAGUGUUCUCUUUAAUUUGCAGAAAUGAAUCUAGACUUGCUUGCUACCUUGAUGGAUUUCCCAGCAUGUAGAAUUCAUGCUAGAAAGCAGGGUUUCUUCCUGUAAUUACAAGCUUUUUUCUAACUAGACUAGAGCAAUGAAAAAAAAAUAGGUUUGCUAAAAAGCUGCUAUAUUGUAAAUCCAUUUCCAAAUAGCAAGAGGCUUGGCUUCUAAUUUAGAAACCCGUACUAGGGCUGAACUGAUAAAAUGUAACUGGAUUAUGUACUCCAAUAAAAAUUAAGGAAGACUUGUAUUUGUAUGCUACCAACCUUCCUUAGACCUGAGCAGGCCACUUAAAUAUUUUCACAUGGCUUGUCCAUACGUCCCAGUUAAAGCCAUUUCUGUCCAGUUCCUCAUCUUAGAGCUCUGCAAGAUUUCUGACAGUUUUUCAAUCUAAGGUGACCUCCCUGUUAACUCUUGAUGCAAGAAGGUUUUCCCUCAUUCAGAUUUGUAUUAGUAUAGUCCUCCUAACUAUUGUGACAAGGAUAUGCUCUGCUUGAACAUGAAGAAGACUAUCUCCUAAAUCUGUUGUCAUAUGGACUCUUGACCAAAGGCUAGCUUACUGUCGAAUCAAGGAGAAUGAAGUGACUAGAUCAUUUGCCUUUAUCUUGUCAGCACUUUCUAGAUUAUGCUAAUAAUUCUUGAUUAAAAUGAAGAUUCUGUUGCAGUGGGACUUUGACUUUUAAAGAAUUACUGUAUUUUUCCGUAUUUUUUGCACCAUAACACUCACUUUUUUCCUCCUAGAAAGUAAGGGGAAAUGUCUGUGCGUGUUAUGGAGGGAAUGCCUACGGAUGGCGGGGGGAACUGCUGCAGUCGUGAGCAGAGGAUCCAUGGUUCCCCUUCCUUCCCUCCUCCGUGGCUCGCUUUGAAACAGCAAAGCGGGAGAAGAGCCGCUGAGUGGGGAGGAGAGAGGGACAGAGAGCCUGCUUCUUUAAAGGAGCAAAGCGGGAGAGGAGAGGAGCCGCUUACACGAGUGUAAGCGGCUCCUGUCCGGUUGGUUCCUUUAAAGCAAGCAGGCUCUCUGUCCCUCUCUCCUCCCCACUCAGCUCGCUACAUAGCAGCAAAAUUUUUCAGCUCGCUGAGCGGGGAGGAGGGAGAAAAGCAGAGCCUGCUUGCUUUAAAGGAACAAAGCGGGAGAGGAGAGGAGCCUUCUCCCCCUAUACCCCUCUUCUUCAUUAUUAGCAGCAUCCUUCUCCACACACCCCACGCGUGCUCCUUCUCCCCUUAAACCCCUCUCCUGCAUUAUUAGCAGCAUCCUUCUCCACCCACCCCACGCGUGUUCUUUCUCCCCCUAAACCCCUCUCCUGCAUUAUUAGCAGCAUCCUUCUCCACACACCCCACGCGUGCUCCUUGUCCCUUGAGUGCUUUUCCUUCCCUCCCCACUUAAAACGUGGUUACAAAGCACAGAUCCACAUGGAUCCUCAGGAUUUCUGCACUGGGUCACUCCAAAUUCACCAUCAGAUCACAUAACAUGUCCAUGGCUACAUCUUGCACUAAAAAAAUCACGCACCCACUGUUGCUUGGGGCCGCAGUGGUGCAAAAAUGUGGUUACAAAGCAUGGAUCCACAGGAUUUUUGCAUUGGGCUACUCCAAACUCACUGUCAGAUCACAUGUCUGUGGCCACAGCAUGAACCACAAAAAUCAUACAUCCACUGUUUCGUUUAGAAUAUAUUUUUUCUUGUUUUCCUCUAGAAACUAUGUGCGUGUUAUGGUCGGGUGCGUGUUACAGAGCGAAAAAUACGGUACGUCACAAAACCAGUUGCUACUUUCAGAACCUCUAACUUGAGACUGCCACUGAAAACACUGAACUAGUGUCUUCCUUCUCAAGCAAGUUAGAGGUUCUGAAAGUAGCAGCUGGUUUUGUGACUAGACUAACGAGGCUGUGUCUUAAUUCUUUAAUCCUUCUAUAGAUCACAAACUUCCUGGCAUUCAUGCAAUAUUCCACCAGAAUCAAUAUUCCAGCAUGAAGGCUGUACAUGGCUUUACACCAUGUGCCAUUAAAUAUAUUAUCGGAGCGGUGGCUACUAGAAUAACUAAAUUAAGCAGUUGUUUGGAAGCCUCCAUUAUAAAACCACAACUUCACAUACUUCAUCAACAAAGCUUUAGCAACUCUGUGCAGCAAAGACUGGGCAAGCAUUCAAAACUAUUCUCAUGGUCAUGGUAUGCACUGUAUAAUUAAAAUGCAAGCCUCUGACAGGAAAAGGUGGAUUCUACAACCUGUGUAAAAAUCACUGUGUCUACUUGCACAAUUUUUUUUCAGUUUCAGAUAAGCAAAGAGUUAUUUAGGACAGAGUUGUUCAGCUGUUACUGUGCCUAGCUAAAUUCUGCCAGUUGCACUUCUCUUGUGACUAUCAUCAUUUGUGUGCUUAGUAAUAAAAUUUCUACAGCCAAUUUUUAUAGCAGUGCAUCUUCCAACAGGAUUAUCCGAUGUCUGAAAAGUGGAAGUUGCUUGGCCUUAGCCACCCUUUUCAAGGUUUCUUUCCUCUACAAGUUAACUUGGAUCCUAAAUGGCUCCUCUGUGUAAGGGAUGGAGCAAUUUUCCCCAACCUAAACUGCAGGCCCCCCCGGCCCCCCCAAAAAUAUUCAAACCAUUCCCUGGGAGCAGAGUCUUGGGGUGAUAUAAAGGCAAAGGGGGAAAGGGAAAUGCUUUUUUGUGAACAUAAACCCUAUUCCAUUCAUAGAAGGAAGGUUCAUAUCCAAGCCAGUGUUUUUAAUACAGCAUUGUUAAGGUACAUAGACCUUAGCAGAAUAACUUGAAUAAGAAUCCCUAAUCCAAGCAAGUUAUAACCUACAGUGACCUGCAGCCUCAGUUCACAACAUAUCUGUGUUACUAUGUAUUUGCCUGCUGAACAGUCUGUAUGGUGUCGCCUUCUCACCAUCAAAAACUAAUAAACUUGGGUCCAUAGAGCUGUUAAUCAAGACUUCUACCUUCUCCAGCACAACUGUUCAGCAAGUAUAGAUUUAGAAGAUGGUAACAAGUCCAUAAGACUAGUCAUAUAUUUUUUGCAAAACUCUUGGCUGACAUUUACCUGGACGUAUGCAGGAUUAAGUACUUCCAUUCAGGGUUCAAAAUUAGCAGGGCGCCAGGCGCAUAUCUCCAUUUGCAAGCACCUCAAACACUGCUUCCAUUGCUACCAUGAGCUGCAGAAUCUGGAUUUAUUAGAGUAAUGGCUAAUUUGGUGCAUGCUGUGGGCAGCCUUUCUGUACUUUUGAUUGGGACACUGUAGCCCAGUUAACAUCACAAUAAAUGAUGGGUUGGGGCAAUUGAGGGGGGAAACCACAAGCUUGUGUUCAGAUGAAACAAGAAGGCUGACUUGCUUCAUCCACCAUACAACAGAAGUAGGGAGGACCAUAGCAGAACUUUUGAACAACAUGCACCAUAGGAUUUUUUUAAUAUCUUCUGAACCUGAUGUUAUUUGUAGCCUAAUGUGAUUGUAAUAGUAUGGUCCUAACUAUGUCAGCAGUGAGAGGAGAGAGACUGUGUUGGCCAGCAGGUAAUGGUUUUUUCCACCUGCUUUGCCCUACCCUCCAGCCCUAAGAGAGUCUUAAUAAGAGCUGUAUCCAGAGGGAGGAGAGAGGGGAACUUUUUGCCAUCGGGGUGGUUGGGUUCACCUGUGCUGCUACACCUCCAGCCCGAAGAACCUUCAGAAAGGAGUUGCUGUCAUGGGCAUUAUAUGUAUACAUAUUUUAAUGAGCAGAAUAGAGUGAAAGUUUGAGUCAUGGGGGUGUGGGAAGUGUGUAUGUGAACCUUGCAGUGCUUAGUUUAUUUUUUGGCUGCUAUUUGUUGAUGUUAAUAUUGUUUUAUAGAUUAUAAAUGCUGUAUUGAUUUGUUAAUCAUAGAAUAGGACCUUUGCUUUAAUUGUGACAAUCUUUUCUUGUUGUUGCUUUAACUGUUAUAGUUUGUAGUCGUUUCACUGAUGAUUUGUUAAUUAUUCCACAUGAUUUAUGCUGUAUUUCUGAUGUUCUUUUGUGUUCUAUCAUGUUAUUUGCAAGCUACCAUGGAAUUCAUUUGAAUGAAAAGUGGCAUAGAAAUAUAAUUAAUCAAAUCAGUCAAAAUCAAGUAUGUCAAAUGCUUACAUAGCAAUGAAUGCAAGAGAGUCAUUCUAAUCUAACAUGCUGUUGCUGUAGCUCAUUAUCAUAGGGUAGAUCAACUCAAAGCAAGCUUCAAAUUAAAAGAAUGCACACUGAUUGCUUGCUGACACUGGUAAGGAUGGUUUCAGUAUUUUUUUUAUUCCUGUCAAAUGAGCCUGCUAGAUCAGAUCAAGGGUUUGUGUAGCCUAGCAUCUCUCUGACAGUAGCUAAUCAAAUACCUCUGGGAAAUAAGCAGAUCACAGAACCAACACUCCCCUGUUGUGUGUCCCCAACACCUUGUAUUGAGGGUUAAUGCUACCUGUUUAAAUGUUUGUUUGCAUACCAGGAUGCAAAUAGCUAUCACUAUUAAGGGAUUUAUUUCCCAAGCAGCAAUCUCCAGUACCAACUGCUUGUAAAACAGAGGUUUGAAAAGUCAGUUUGAUAAUGGAAAAAGAGUAUUCUGUUCAAAGGGUGGGUGGGUGGGGGGAAUAUUAUCAAUAUUCGUAUCAAUACGUAAGUGCCUAAAGUAGGCCCCUGGAUCCUUGCAAAAAUUUGUUAAAAAUUUAAAACAAUAUUACUAUUUUGAAAGAUGCACGAUGUAUUGCUUAUCUAACUGGAAACCUGCAUUUUUUUCAAGCAGUAUGUGUGCAAAAAUACACCUGUUGUGGGGAGGGGAAUUGCUUCAUUGCACCAGUAAAGAUCUUCAUGUCAUUUCACUUCUAUUGAUGCUCAAUUACACAUAACGUAUUUACCCACCAACCAUCUGGUACUUCAACUAGCUGUUCUAAUUUAAUGUCCAGAAACAAGUUUGUCCAGUGAGAUGGGAAGUGUUCCUAGUGAUUAGGUGGUCACAAUAUUCACAAUUUGAGAAGUGAACAAAGGUGGUGGUUAGCUGACACUUGGAUAAAAUUUGAAAUCAUCCAGUGGGUUUAGACUUCUGCCAAAGCUACCACCUGAAUCCUAAUAAUAAAUUGUAGAUUCCUAAGCUUCUGUAUCAAGCCCAUAAUAGUACAUGAUUUUGGAUUUAGGCCACCUAUUAAGUGGUAAAAAUGGACCCUGGAGAAACCCUAUAAAAGCAGUUGUGUUCAGAUGGUCAUGUGUACAAGGGGCAUACAUUAAGUUAACCUGGAAAUGUGGAUUUUUGCAUUAAUGUAUGUUCUCUUAAAAUUCGAAUUCAUUGUAAACCUGAGUAUUUAGUUGCAGGUCUUAGUCAUCAAAGACCAAGAAAAGACAGAUAAUAAGUUUUCUGUUUGUGCCAAGACUCCUGUUUAAAAUGCUAACUGAACACUGACAGGUUGAGCCCCAGCACUUCAAAUUUUCCUACUUAACUAUAGCCCUUGUAUUUUUCAGAAUAAAUAUUUUUUCCCCAAAAAAAAUAGCAAGGAGAGACAAGAGGGCCUUCUUAAAUGAGCAAUGCAAAGAAUUAGAGGGAAACAAUUGAAUGGGAAAAACCAGAGAUCUGUUCAAGAAAAUUGCAGAUAUGAAAGGAAAAUUUUGUACAAAGAUUACCAUAAUAAAGGACAAAAGUGGUAAGGACCUAACGGAAGCAGAAGACAUCAAGAAGAGGUGGCAAGAAUACACAGAAGAAUUAUACCAGAAAGAUAUGGAUGACUCGUACACCCCAGGUAGUGUGGUUGCUGACCUUGAGCCAGACAUCCUGGCGAGUGAAGUCAAAUGGACCUUAGAAAGCACUGCUAAUAACAAGGCCAGUGGAAGUGAUGAUAUUCCAGCUGAACUAUUUAAAAUUUUAAAAGAUGAUGUUCUUAAGGUGUUACACUCAAUAUGCCAGCAAGUUUGGAAAACUCAACUGCAGCCAGAGGAUUGGAGAAGAUCAGUCUACAACCCAGUCCCAAAGAAUGCUCCAACUACCGCAGUAUUGCACUCAUUUCACACGCUAGCAAGGUUAUGCUUAAAAUUCUACAAGGCAGGCUUAAGCAGUAUGUGGACCGAGAACUCCCAGAAGUGCAACCUGGAUUUCAAAGGGGCAGAGGAAUCAGAGACCAAAUUGCAAACAUGCGCUGGAUUAUGGAGAAAGCUAGAGAGUUUCAGAAAAACAUUUGCUUCUGCUUCAUUGACUACACAAAAGCAUUUGACUGUGUUGACCACAGCAAACUAUGGCAAGUUCUUAAAGAAAUGGGAGUGCCUGAUCGACCUCAUUUGUCUCCUGAGAAAUCUCUAUGUGGGACAAGAAGCUACAGUUAGAACGAUAUGGAACAAGUGAUUGGUUCAAAAUUGGGAAAGGAGUACGGCAAGGCUGUAUAUUGUCUCCCUGCUUAUUUAACUUAUAUGCAGAAUUCAUCAUGCGAAAGGCUGGACUGGAUGAAUCCCAAGCCGGAAUUAAGAUUGCCAAAAGAAAUAUCAACAACCUCAGAUAUGCAGAUGAUACAACCUUGACGGCAGAAAGUGAGGAGGAAUUAAAGAACUUUUUGAUGAGGGUGAAAGAGGAGAGCGCAAAAUAUGGUCUGAAGCUCAACAUCAAAAAAACUAAGAUCAUGGCCACUGGCCCCAUCACCUGGCAAAUAGAAGGGGAAGAAAUGGAGGCAGUGAGAGAUUUUACUUUCUUGGGUUCCAUGAUCACUGCAGAUGGUGACAGCAGUAACAAAAUUAAAAUACGCCUAUUUCUUGGGAGGAAAGCAAUGACAAAUCUAGACAGCAUCUUAAAAAGCAGAGACAUCACCUUGCCAACAAAGGUCUGUAUAGUUAAAGCUAUGGUUUUCCCAGUAGUGAUGUAUGGAAGUGAGAGCUGGACCAUGAAAAGGGUUAUCGCUGAAGAAUUGAUGCUUUUAAAUUAUGGUGCUGAAGGAGACUCUUGAGAGUCCCAUGGACUGCAAGAAGAUCAAACGCAUCCAUUCUGAAGGAAAUCAGCCUGGAGUGCUCACUGAAAGGACAGAUCGUGAAGCUGAGGCUCCAAUACUUCAGCCACCUCAUGAGAAGAGAAUACUCCCUGGAAAAGACCCUGAUGUUGGGAAAGAUUGAGGGCACAAGGAGAAGGGGACGACAGAGGAGAUGGUUGGACAGUGUUCUCCAAGCUAACAUGAGUUUGACCAAACUGGUGGAGGCAGUGGAAGACAGGAGUGCCUGGCGUGCUCUGGUCCAUGGGGUCACAAAGAGUCGGAAACGACUAAACAACAACAACAACCAUCAAAUUGGUUUUUUUACAUAUAGCAUUGCAAAUGUAUCUAGUAGAUACUUGACUAGGUUUUGAGAGAUUUAGUUAUGGGGCCAACAUGCUUUUGCUUAUAUCUAUUACAAACCUGGUUCUGCAACUUGGUGUUUAAAUUAUAUUUUAAAAGAAAUCAAUUUGCUUCCAUUUUUUUAAAAAAAAUCCAGCUUGCUGCUUUUCCUUGCCAUAGCCUAUCCACACUGCCAUGGGAUAAUACUCAGGGAGGUUGGUGGUGGCGAAGACAACAGCCAACCUCUCAGCCUUGUCUCUGGCCAGUUGUAAUAAGUCCAGUGGACAAGGCUUGAAUAGAUGCCUGUGGUAUUGGCUCAUGAAUGUGACUUAGAAGGAGGAGGUUGUCCAGUGGUGAUUGUCCAUUUCUCUUGGCUACACAAGCAGGCAAGGUAUGCUAGCUAGCCUUGCCAUUCAGAAAGCUGAGUGCCAAGCAGCAGAACAGGGAUGUAGUCAUGUGGCAUGAGUUUUCUGCGAGCUUGGUGCCACCAUGCCCUUUUUUAGUGAGUAAAAAGAGAACUGAAACAUUCCCUAGCUGAUUUUCUAUGCUUGUGAAAGUGUCUGAACAGACUUUCCCUAACAUAAGGCUGCCACAAACACCGCUGACACUUAACUGUUGCCAACACCACCUUUCCAAAGAAGAGUUUUAUGGUAGGGAAGAGCCAAGUGCUGCACUACCCCAGGAAAGUGUCAUGUCAACAUGCCGAUGGCUUUAUUAAGGCUUAACUUACAGCCAAUAAACAAGCUGAUACCUAGCAACCUUACUACAGAUUUGAGAACUUUGCUCCAUUAUAUGGUUAUUUACGCAGGUGAAAACUACUUAAUGCAAUUAAGAUGGAACUUUAAAAUUUCUGCAUUCCUGGGAUGAGACUUGGGAAGAAUAGCCUUACUGCAAUCUGGCAGUGCAAAAACUACAACUGUCAUAACCUGUUACUGUCUUUAUUUUAGUUCCUCCUUUCUGAUUUUUCUUUGAAGUAGAUAGUUUCUGUACAUCAAAAGCACAGAUGAGCUACAUUAGAUCAGCUUAAGGUGUUGUAAUAGAUUUACUAGUGCAUUUGUGAUACAUGUCUCAGAGGCUCCAUUGGUGAUGCAGGAUUAAAUCAGCCAGCUCUAGUGAUGAAGCCAUUUUGGCACAGAGUAAUGUAGGUGGGACGCAGGUGGUGCUGUGGGCUAAACCACUCAACCUAGGGCUUGCCGAUCAGAAGGUUGACGGUUCAUAUUCCUGUGACGGGGUAUGUUCCCGUUGUUCCGUCCCAGCUCCUGCCAACCUAGCAGUUCGAAAGCACACAGUGCAAGUGUUCAGGUAGAUAAAUAGGUACUGCUCCGGCGGGAAGGUAAAUGGCAUUUCCAUGCGCUGCUCUGGUUCGCCAGAAGCAGCUUAGUCAUGCUGGCCACAUGACCCACAUGAACUGUCUGCGGACAAACGUCAGCUCCCUCUGCCAGUAAAGCAUGAUGAGCGCCACAACCCAUUUGCGACUGGACUUAACUGUCAGGGGUCCUUUACCUUUACCUUUAAUGUAAUUGCAGCAUCCUGGAUCCAUGGGCUCAGGAAGAGGGGCAAAACACUACUGUAAAGUGACAAUCUAUCUAAAAAGUCCUGAAGCCAUUUUAUGCAUUGGCACCAGCAUGUGUCUCAAGUGAAACUUGUCAUCCUUUUAUCUAGGAGGAUACUGUUUAACUUUCUACCUUAAAAUAGUACGGGCUUAGGGCUGAAUGCGGGGGGCUUUGUCUUUUCUGGGGAAGGGGGUGUCAAGUAGCUUCAGACGUUCACCUGAAAAUAACAGGCUGCAUUGAUCUAAGUUGGUGGGGGAUACGGAAGCUGAGGCCAUGUUGUAAAACAGUUAGAUGUAUUGCUUGCAUGGGUAUGCUUUGUUACUUGAAAUUAGAAAUCAGUUUUAAAAUUGUAUUGUAUGACAUUCAUACCCACAGUGUGAUUUUGUAUUUUAUUCAAAUUAUAUUUUUGCAUGUUAACCAAAGCCCAAGAUAAUUUUACACAGUGCUGAUUUCUGUGCCAAUAUUUUCCUUCGUUCUUUUGUAUUAAAAGGGUACAGUAAGCAUGGCAAGACUCACCUCUGGUUUUUCUCUUCUUCCUUCCAGCAUUGGGAGCUGCCUAUGGCACAGCAAAGAGCGGCACAGGCAUUGCAGCCAUGUCUGUUAUGCGGCCAGAGCUGAUCAUGAAGUCAAUCAUUCCUGUUGUCAUGGCGGGUAUUAUAGCAAUCUACGGCUUGGUAGUGGCAGUCCUUAUUGCCAAUUCCAUCACAGUUGGAAUUACACUGUACAAGUAAGUUUUCUUUUGAGUCCUCUGCAUUGCGAGCUGUGCUGAAAUUUAAAAAAAACACUGAAAUGACCAGUUGACAUGUCAGCUGCAGGUUUUUCAGUGGCUCUGUAGUACAGGGGUCGGCAAGGCUCAAGCAGCCUGGGCCGCUUCACUCCCCUGGAGAUCUCUCUGCGGGCCGGAUCGCGUGUGUGUGCGAUCUGGCGUGGAGGAGGCGUUUGCAUGUGCGUGCACAUGUGCAAAUGCUAUUUCAGGAGCUUCCUGCAUCCGAUAGGAAGCCCCGCCAGCACCGCAGAAGUGAGUCCCUGUGCCGCGCUGUGCCGGUUUAGUGCAGCACGCAGGGACUCGCUAAGUGGGCGGCAGGGUUCAGGGCCAGCGCGGGGGCUGGUUAAACUACCCCCGUGGGCCAUAUCUGGCCCCCGAGCCUUAGGUUGCCAACCCCUGCAGUGUAGUAUGUGGGAGUACAUCUGUAAUAGAAUCCUCUUCUCAGUUCCUUUAAGGUGCAAAAAAGCAAGACUGUUCUAUAUGCAAAUGAUAACCCUUAUUGGCUAUGUUAUCAUGCUUGGCUAAUGAUAGCGCCAUUUCAAAAACGGUCGCCACGUAAUGUUUGGCAGCACUUGCAUUAAUAUGUGCUACUCAUAGCUGUUCAAAACCUGUGGGAUCCCAUUUGCUAAAGGCCCCAGCUAUUUCCAGGUAUGUCCUUGUAGGGCAGUGGUGUCCAAAUGGGGGACAGCACAACAGCCUAGGUUAUUUUUUUUAGGAUUGAAGUUGUUGAGUUUUUUAAGGGUUAAAGUUGUAGAGGGUUUUUUAGGAUUUUACCCCAGGAAAUUAACUGCCACAGGGGCUGGAUUAAACCGACCGGCGGGCCGGAUUAGGCCCCCGAAACGACUUUGGACAUGCAUGUUGUAGGGUAUACUCAACACACAGAAGCAUAGCUUCAGAAUCAACCCAUCUUGUUCAGACUGAGUCUGGAUCAACUUUGUAUAAGUACAGUCAAAAUUGCAAGCUCAAGGAAACACUGGGCUUUGUGGGCUUAAAAUGGUCUAUCAUUACUUAAUAUAGAGUCCCUCUGCUUUGAGACUUAAGCUCUAGCAUUGUGAUAGAAAGGUGUUCAGCCAGCUGGAUUCAACUCUCAAAUGCCUUCUGGUAAUAACUGGGAUAAAAGGUAUUAUUUCCAGCAUGCUGGGGCGGUGGGGGGAUUUUUUCUGAACAUCAAGCCCUCGUGUAAUAAUACUGCAAACUGUUUCAAUUUUAGCUUUUCAUACAGCAUGUUAAGGCUAUUGUUGAAACAAUAGUACGAGGCCCCCUCUCUUGAUCUGCAGAACUGAUUGCUCAUUUGAGCCAGCUGGGCUGUAGUGGGCUUUGAAAGCUUGAGGGGCUUUUCUAACGACCUUGCCCGCCCCCCCCCCCCCGCUAAGUCUUCAAACCAGAUAAGGCAAAAUACUUUAAUAUGUAAUAACUCUGACAUGUGGUGCAGUAGUGAAGCACUGAAUUAUUCAGUGAUGCUUAAUUUGAAGCAUGUCUGUAAACCAAUCUCUUGCUGCUACGCUAGACUUAAACAGGCAUGGAUCCUUGCAUUAUGUACCUAGAAUAAGCUGAAACCCAAUCUUUGUUAAACUUUCAUGAGAAGUUGUAGCAAGCCUGUGACUCCUACCGGGCAUAUCUGCCCUGUAAGGAAAUAAUCAGCCAUGAGUGCAUUGGCUGCUAUAGUUUGUUUUAACUGUGGCUCAUUACUAGAACAAUAGAACUAAGAUUAAUAGGAACUGUUGAGAUCAUGUAAGAACCUGCAUGUAGUAGCUGAUGGCUAUCUGGAUGUCUAGUUAAUAAUCCAUCCUAAGGAAGUUAUUAUUAAUAACUUGCCAAUAACAGUUAUGAAUGGAGAACUUUAUUGCUAAUAAAGCAGAGUUGUAUGAAUGAAACAAACAAAAAUAUUUGCACUAAUUUUGUUACUUAUGCCGUAGCCAUCCAUUUUGGGCGGUUUACUUUGCCUUCAGGGUUUUCCCUCUUGGUCUUUGGGCUGUCACUGUUGAAGAUCUGCAGACUCAGAUGCAGGCUAUUCCAAGGGACUUGUUUCUCUAGCAUAAGAUCCAGACUUUAAAGCAAAGCUUGUGGCAACAAGAUUGCUUUUGUUAGGAACUCCUGAAAGUAGUGAAAAAGUAGCCACAGAGCAGUCUCCAGAGUCUAUACAGUGGUACCUUGGUUUACGAACUUAAUUCGUUCCAGAAGUCCGUUCUUAAACCGAGGCGCGCUUUCCCUGAUGAGGCCUCCCACCGCCGGUGCCCUUCUACCGUUCAGAUUCUGUUCUUAGACCGAGGUAAAGUUCGCAAGCCGGGACACUAUUUCCGGUUUUGUGGAGUUCGUAAACCGAAUCGUUCGUAAACAGGACUGUUCUUAAACCGAGGUACCACUGUAUAAGCUAAUUGUGGGCUACCUUGUCCUUUUCCUUUUCAAAGGGGCAGGAAAUCGAAACUUCCUGCAACUAAAAUUGGUCCGCUUGGCAACAACUGUGAAUGGCUCAAAAUCCCCCUUUUAUAUUUAUUAAAUUUAUAUCCUGCCGUUCCUCCCAAAGGAAUCCAGGACAACAAACAACAGAGCAGCAAAACAAUGCAAUUAAAAAACAAAGGGUUGUGUCCAGCUAAGUUCGACUCAAGAGUAGUUGCAGUGGAAUUAAUGGGCCUAAUUUAAUCAUGCCCAUUUUCGUUAGGUUUACUCUGAGCGGAAAUUAGUUUGAUAGGACAGGGUGCCAUUUAAAACCAUUUAAAAUCUCAUAUCCCCACAGUUUAAUAGUUAACUAAUAAUUAGCAUGAAGGUGGUCUUUGCAGUCCUGUUAGACAUGGUUACUUGAAACUGUUUAGCUGACUUCUUAACAAAGCUCUUAACUGAGCUGAUUUAGGAGGAAAAACUGCUUAUCACUGCACAGCAGCCAUAACAUGGGCAGAAUCUUAUUAACGCAGAACGCUUGCAUAGUCUAGGAAUGCUGAUUUGGCCGAAAAGGCUUUCCAGGAAAUUUCUGAAUGGGUUUGACUUGCCAUUCCUAGAAGAACAGUACUAAGCUGUCUCAAUGUGAUUGGAGGUUUGUUUGUUUUUUGCUGCUAAACUUUUGUCCCCCUUGUCCUUCACCUGCAGGAGCUUCCUUCAGCUGGGCGCUGGUCUGAGCGUAGGCCUCAGCGGGCUGGCUGCCGGCUUCGCCAUCGGCAUUGUGGGUGACGCAGGCGUACGGGGAACGGCACAACAGCCUAGGUUAUUUGUGGGCAUGAUCCUGAUCUUGAUCUUUGCUGAAGUCUUGGGUCUCUAUGGCCUCAUUGUUGCCCUUAUCCUUUCCACAAAGUAAAAUUAAAAAAUCAGAGUAUGAUGUGUUUAAAAAAAAAGUUGAAAAAACAAACAAAACUAAUCUCCAGAAUGAAAAUGGUCUCUCCACAAUGUGUACAGUUGUCAUCAGUUUGGUAGUUGAUCUCUUGUAAAUGCGCAAUGUAUGUUAGUGACUCGUCUGUCUUGUGUGUACUUCAAUAUUAAACAGAAUGAGCUGCCUCAAGCCCUCUAGGCAAGGCUUGGGGAAGCUCAUGUGCAAUUUUCCAUCCAUUCUGCCAUUAGAGUAUUUUAUGUAUAAAUAUGAACUAGAAAUGGUAACUUUUUUCUCUUCACUGGAUGUUUUAUUUAUAAGACUUGACAUGUUCAUACAUAUGGAGCAAGAGUUUUCAAUUUCCCAUGCUUAUAUAUAUUAAUCUCAUAUAUAGGUAGAUUAAUACACUGUGGGGUUAAUUGUAAGUGCAGAGAAAUCCUUGGAUGUAAUUUGAAUCUCAAAAGAUUGCUGUCGUGUCCUGGUAUUGGAGUGUGAGACUGUUUGUGUUUAUACAAAUAACAGCAAAAUGUCAGACACUCCUGUGUUCCCAGUAGUAAAAAUAAAAAUAAAAAAUCUGUAUGCUCCGGCAUCAAAGUUGUGCACCCAGUGUUGGGUUUCGCAGUUAUACGUUUCCAGAUAAUAAAAUUUCCUCCACUACAUCAUUGUAAAGAGGUGUGUCUUUGUGUGGUUUGUCUGAAAUGCAGGCUUUUGAAACACUGGCUCCACCUAACUAACCCUCUGUGUGUAAAUGCAAGGACACCUUAAAAACCGCCCGGAGGUCAAUAAACUAAUCUUGAUUUCCCAUUGGCACCC